AUGGACCUCGAAGACACACAGAUCAGAGCAGGCCUAGAACAAGCACUCAAACAAGGACUAACCCAGUGGAGGACCUUGCUGACCUCCAGACACGGGGUGGUUCUCAGAGGCACAAUGGAUUCUGGAGAUUUGCUACUGCAGACUAACAGAAAAUGGGAGGAUUUGGACAAGAGGAAGUUCUACUCCCUGGGCGUGUUUAUGACACUGACCACGCGGGCCACGGUGUACCCCUUCAGCCUGAUUCGGACCCGGCUCCAGGUGCAGAAAGGGAAGUCUCUGUACUCUGGGACCGCCGAUGCAUUUUGUAAGAUCCUGAAGAGCGAAGGCGUCUGUGGCCUAUACCGCGGCUUCAUGGUCAACACGUUCACCCUCAUAUCGGGACAAGCCUACAUCACCACUUAUGAACUCGUGAGGAAGUACGUCUCCAACUACUCCCAGGACAACAUGGUGAAGUCUAUUGUGGCCGGUGGCUCGGCAUCGCUCGUGGCUCAGACCAUCACGGUCCCCAUCGACAUCGUGUCUCAGCACCUCAUGAUGCAGGGACAGGGGGACCACCUAAGCCGCUUCAAAGUCCGAUCCAAGAUGAUGCUGGCGGCACAGUCAAAAAGCCGCUGGACCUUCGGACAGACACGGGACAUCACGGUGCAGAUAUUUGCGGAGGACGGCUUCCGAGGGUUCUACCGGGGAUACGUGGCCUCGCUGCUCACAUACAUCCCCAACAGUGCCCUCUGGUGGCCUUUCUAUCACUGUUAUGCAGAGCAGCUGUCUUACUUGGCACCCUCUAGCUGUCCUCACUUGCUGCUGCAGGCAAUCGCGGGACCAAUGGCUGCAGCCACGGCCUCCACGAUCACCAACCCCAUGGACGUAGUGCGGGCCAGAGUCCAGGUGCAAGGCCACUCGUCCGUCAUCGGCACCUUCAAGCAGCUGAUGGCAGAGGAUGGAGUAUGGGGUCUCACUAAAGGCCUGUCAGCUCGGGUUAUCUCCUCCACUCCCACCUCGGUGCUCAUCGUGGUGGGAUAUGAAACCCUCAAGAGACUGAGUCUGAGAGCGGAGCUGAUUGACACGCGGCACUGGUGA